CGCCCCCGCCGCCCACCCCCAGUGGCCGGGGUGGUGGUGGCCCGGCCCGCAGGGCCAUGAAGCUGCAGGCCGUGAUGGAGACGCUCUUGCAGCGGCAGCAGCGGGCACGCCAGGAGCUGGAGGCCCGGCAGCAGCUGCCCUCCGACACCCCCGCCUGCCCACCAGCCCGGGCUCGGGCUACCGUGGAAGAGGACAGAGAGCCUGAUGCGCGGAUGCAGCGGGCCCAGAUGGCUGCCCUGGCCGCCAUGAGGGCUGCAGCCGCCGGCCUUGGACAUCCGCCCAGCCCUGGUGGCUCUGAGGAUGGGCCCCCAGCCUCGGAGGAUGAGGACACUGCCCGGGAGGGGGCACCGGGCUCACCUGCCCGGCCUGGCCGAGGCAGGGAAGGGCCAGGAGACGGGCACUUUGAGGAGUUGGGCUCGGACGAGGACCUGAAGCCGAAAUGGGAAGAGGAGGAGGAGCUCGAGGAAGACCUGGCAGAGGAGGAGGAGGAAGACGAGGAGGAGGAAGACGAGGAGGAUUACGAAGAAGAGGAGGAGGAUGAGGAGGGGCUGGGGCCCCCAGGCCCUGCCGGCCUGGGCUCUGCCAACCUGUUCCCCCACAAGGCCCAGCCGCCCCAGGCCUUCUGCAGCGAUGGCCUUCCCAGGGCGCUGGGGGGCCAGGAGCGGCCGGGGCCAGGCCCUGCCCACUCCCGGGGGGCCACCCAUGUGGCACCUCAGCUGCAGCCACCGGACCACGGAGACUGGACAUACGAGGAGCAGUUCAAGCAGCUCUACGAACUUGACGGGGACCCCAAAAGGAAGGAAUUCCUAGAUGACCUGUUCAGCUUCAUGCAGAAGCGAGGGACACCCGUGAACCGGAUCCCCAUCAUGGCCAAGCAGGUGCUGGACCUGUUCAUGCUGUAUGUGCUGGUGACAGAGAAGGGUGGCCUCGUGGAGGUCAUCAACAAGAAACUGUGGCGCGAGAUCACCAAGGGCCUCAACCUGCCCACGUCCAUCACCAGCGCUGCCUUUACCCUGCGCACGCAAUACAUGAAGUACCUGUACCCCUACGAGUGUGAGAAGCGAGGACUCAGCAACCCCAACGAGCUCCAGGCAGCCAUAGACAGCAACCGGCGGGAGGGCCGGCGCCAGAGCUUCGGGGGCUCCCUGUUUGCCUACUCGCCAGGCGGGGCUCAUGGCAUGCUCUCCUCGCCUAAAUUGCCUGUGUCCUCCCUGGGCCUCGCUGCCAGCACCAACGGCAGUUCUAUCGCCCCAGCCCCAAAGAUCAAGAAAGAGGAGGACUCAGCCAUCCCCAUCACGGUCCCCGGCCGCCUGCCCGUGUCCCUUGCAGGCCACCCCGUGGUGGCAGCUCAGGCAGCAGCAGUGCAAGCGGCAGCUGCCCAAGCAGCUGUGGCAGCACAGGCAGCCGCCCUGGAGCAGCUGCGGGAGAAGCUGGAGUCCGGGGAGCCUCCCGAAAAGAAGAUGGCCCUGGUGGCUGAUGAGCAGCAACGGCUCAUGCAACGAGCUCUGCAGCAGAACUUCCUGGCCAUGACAGCCCAGCUGCCCAUGAGCAUACGGAUCAACAGCCAAGCCUCCGAGAGCCGCCAGGACUCAGCCGUGAGCUUGACCGGCACCAACGGCAGCAACAGUAUUAGUAUGUCUGUCGAGAUCAACGGCAUCAUGUACACAGGAGUGCUAUUUGCUCAGCCGCCGGCACCCACGCCACCCUUGGCUUCCAGCAAAGGCGGUGGUGGCAGUGGUGGUGCUGGCAGUGGUGGCGGGAGCGGCGGGACCAGCAGCAGCAACCACCCAGGCAGCCGGGGAGGAAACACCGGGACCAGCAGCAGCGGGGGCAGCCAGGCCGGGCCAGCAGGGUCGUCCGCACCCCCCACAUCUUCUACCUCAAAUAACUCUACGUUGCCUUAACCGCCUCACUCCCCACCCACCACGCCCCCCACCCCAGGAACCCGUCAGACCGGGCAGUGGGGAGGGGGGUAUCGAGGGGGGCCAGGCAGGGGCCAGGAUGGCAGAAGAUACGGGUGGGGAGGGAAGCUAUCCACAGAGGAGCCACAGCUGACGCCAAAAAGAAAAAAAUAUAUAUACAUAUAUAUAUAUAAAGAAAAUUUAAUAAAACGGGGGAAAACCAAGGAACACUUGAAUUUCUCAGGUUUCGGACAUUCAGAGAGUUGCAUCUGAGGACAGCAACAGAUCAGAACACAGGAGGAAGCAGGUCUUUCCGAGGGCUUUCCUGUGGCCCGGUGUCUGGUCGGACCAGCUGCAACGUCGGGCCAAUCUUAUUUACCUCAUACACCCCUGCACUGUGUGUUUUCAUUUUUUUGUCAUUUUUCCUUUUUUUUUUUCCUAUUCAUCACACACUCACCACUCCAAGCUCCUUGUGUUGAAUGAAACCCCUGAGCUGAGAUCACUGAAUUUUUUUUUUCUUAUUGCUUUGGGAACUUUUUUUUUUAAGUCAUAGUGACAUUCAAACUCUGUGGGGAUUUAUUUUUUUAAAUAGGUUUCAGGGGGUUUGUUUUGUAAAUAUUCUUAUUUUAUUCUUGGGGGGGGAAAGGAAUCAAACCUUAGCAAAAGGAAUAUCUAUAUAUCUAUAUAUCUAUAUAUAUGUGUUCAUUCAGGGAAACCGAACUUGAAAAAGCAAAAACAAACAAACAAACAAAAAAGUAAUAACCUUUUUGUUUUUCUCAUGGCCGAUAUGGGUUCCUUUGUGCGUGUGCUGGGGUGCGUUGUGCAGCCGGGGGGCCCAGGAGGCUGGAUCCGUGGGGCAGAGCUGCCACGAGGAUGAACUCAGGUGCUGUGGG